CUCCAUCCCCUAGCUCAGCUAUCCGACCUCCAUAGCCACACACGCUAGCUAGCUCUUCCCAUCUCAUCUCCCCGAGCAGCAGCUAGCAAUGGCCACCGCACUGAGCAGCCUCCGCGCGCCCUUCUCCCUGCGCGCCGCCGCCCCACCGGCGCCCCGCGUGGCCCUCGCGCCGGCCAACCUCGCUCUCACCGCCGCCAAGCAGGUGCGGGGAGCCAGGCUCCGCGCGCAGGCCACCUACAAGGUGAAGCUGAUCACGCCCGAGGGGGAGGUGGAGCUGGAGGUCCCCGACGACGUCUACAUCCUCGACCAGGCCGAGGAGGAGGGUAUCGACCUGCCCUACUCCUGCAGGGCCGGGUCCUGCUCGUCCUGCGCCGGCAAGCUGGUCUCCGGGUCGCUGGACCAGUCCGACCAGAGCUUCCUCGACGACGAGCAGAUGGAGGAGGGCUGGGUGCUCACCUGCCACGCCUACCCCACGUCCGACCUCGUCAUCGAGACCCACAAGGAGGAGGAGCUCACCGCCUAAGCUGAUUUAUACACUAUCUCUCUCUUGUCAUGCGUACAUGGGCAUCGCCACCGAUUUGUUAGUGCUUGAAUGAAUUGCGUGAUGAUUUGCUCAAGUGGUGAUAUGGUCGUUGAAUUACCUAUACCUUUUUUGUACCGUAAGAUAUACCCCGUAGUACUGCUGUCAAAUACUAUAGUAUAUGCAUGUACGUAACUCAACGUACUGAAAUGAAUCUUGAUGCUUGAGGUGUCUUAAUUCUUAAA